AUGAGCCCCGGACUGUGCUCGACUGCGAAUGAAUUCCCAAUCCCGGGGCAGCAGAAUUUUGGGAGACCUAUCAUGAAUCACUCUCAGCUCGGAACCAAGGGCGCUCUGUUGGCAAAUGACCCAGCUGUAAAGUCGGUGACGGUUAUCGGGGCUUCAAAGUAUGGGUAUGAUGCCGUGUAUCUUAUGGCCUCUCAUGGUAAACGUGUGGAAUGGAUCAUUCGCAAGUCCGGAGGGGGUGCCGUCUGGAUGGCAUUGCCGUGGCUUUGUUUGUUUUGGACCGGUCGUCUGGGAGUUCUCAAUUACCCCACGAAUAUCUAUGACUAUGUUCGAUCAGGGCAAGUGAGCGUAAACAGAAAGGAUAUAUCGCAUCUUUCAGAAGGCGAAGUCAACUUUACUGAUGGUACAGUCAUAAAAACCGAUGCUCUCAUUAGAAUAACCGGAUGGAAGCUAGCCCCAGGCAUUAAUUAUGAGCCCGAGGGACUGGUUUCCAGUCUCGGGAUUCCCACUAGGGAUCCCUUCAGAGACCGAAAAGCCUGGGAUCGUUUCGACCGCGCCGCUGAUGAAGAGAUACUUGAUCGGUUUCCAGCUUUGCGUCACCAACCAGCUGUGAAGACGCUGUACAAGCCCAGGCUUAGUCCAUUCCGGCUUUAUCGUGGCAUUGCGUCUCCGGAAAUGACAGCCAAAGGCGACCAGUCCAUCGCAUUUUUAGGAAUGCUCAAUGGGACAAGCAAUGCCCUUUUAAUUGAGGUGCAGGCUCUCUGGACAUAUGCUUAUCUCAACAACCAGGUCCCAAUUGAUCGAUCGAAGGUGUAUUAUCAGACAGCAUUGACAAGUCGAUAUGGAAGACACCGGCAUCCAUGUGGUUUCGCGAGCUGGUAUCCAGAGACGAUAUUCGAUGCGAUUCCGUAUUCGGACAUGCUAUUGAUGGACUUGGGGAUUAACAGAUGGAGGAAGAGAAGCUGGUUGCGGGAAGUUUUUGAAGACUAUACAGUGCAUGAUUACCGAGGGAUCAAUCAGGAGUGGAAGCAGCAACACAAGAUACUCUCCUGA